UGAGUGAUGUGGUGCAAGCUGUCAAAGUAACAAAAUAAUUAGUUUUUUUCUCCCAAAGUGCUCAUAAUCAAUUCCAAAAAGGUGGACAAAUCAAAUCUAGCAAUUUAAGGCUUUCUUGUAGCAAGUUUCAAUUCGAUUGUGCGAAUUCAUGGUAGACCUAACCUGUGCGAUGCCACCUGUGGAUAAAACCCCCCAUGUUCACACCGGCGACUUCGAACUGGUGAACUGUUUGCACGCCUAUUUGAAGGUCCCGGUGUUUGAGUACCGCUCGAAAAACACGGGGCUCACGGUGGUCAUAGUUGAGGUGGAUGGGCCGGUGGUUAAUGGAUACUUCUGUCUAGCAACUGAGGCUUUUGACGACGAUGGCUUGCCCCAUACUCUCGAACACUUGAUUUUCCUGGGGAGUGAGCAGUACCCCUACAAGGGGGUGCUCGAUUUGCUGGCCAAUCGCUGCUUGGCCUCCGGGACAAACGCCUGGACGGACACCGACCACACGUGCUACACCAUGGAGACGGCCGGCAGUGAGGGGUUUUUGGCCCUGAUGCCGAUUUUUCUAGAGCACAUUUUGUAUCCAAUCCUGAGUGAGGAGGGUUUUAUUACUGAAGUUCACCACAUCACGCCCCUGGGUGACGACGCCGGUGUUGUCUACUGUGAAAUGCAAGGGCGCGAGAACACGGCUGAAUCCAGACUGCAUGUCAACUUGGCCAGGGCUAUGUAUCCGGGACGUUGCGGUUAUUCCUCGGAAACCGGCGGAAUUAUGAAAAAUCUGAGAGAGUCCACGACUAAUGAUAAAGUGAAGAACUAUCACAAAGAGUUCUACAGGCCUGAGAAUUUGAAAGUUAUUAUCACAGGGCAGAUUAAGCACGAGGAGGUUUUUAAAGCUUUAGAGACUUUGGAACGGAAGAUACUGACGAAGGGGGAACGCGGCGAUUUUAAGAGACCGUGGCAAAGUCCAGUACCAUCUUUGCAGGAAUCUAAGGAUUUGAUUAUCAAAUAUCCCACUGAUGAGGAGAAUAACGGCGUUUUUUGUAUUGGCUGGAGGGGGCCUUCUGCUGUUACUGAACAGUAUAUGUUGACCGCAGUGUGCAUUUUUCUCAAAUAUCUCACAGAGUUUUCCACUUAUACCUUGCCCAAGGAGUUCAUUGAAAUUGAUGAUCCUUAUGCCAGCAACAUUUCUUUCAACUUUUUGGAAAACGCCGAAUCUUGCAUUUACAUAAUGUUCGAGGACGUACCGCUUAGUAAAUUACCAGAGGUUAAACCAAAACUGCAAGCACUACUGAAGCGCCUUGUUGAUGAAGAAGACAUCAAUAUGGAACGUAUCAAAAGCAUAAUCAAACGCAACAAACUGGAGCACUUGAGCGACAUUGAAAACAACCCCCAUAGCACUUUAGCUUUUAUAAUAAUCGGUCACAUUUUGUACGGAAAUACGAAAGAGGACCUCCAACAAAGGCUCAAUCCAUUGGUCGAUUUAGGCAAGCUUUUGAAAGAACCCAAAUCGUUUUGGGUUUCUUUGAUGAAGAAAUAUUUAGUUGAUAAUAAUUACGUGGCGGUGCAGUGCAUUCCCAGUAAGGACGAACAAAUGAGGAUGGCUGAGGAGGAAGCAAAACGGAUUAAGGAACAGAUUGAUUCUCUGGGUGAAGAAGGGUUGAAGGAAAAGGGGAAGCUAUUGGAAGACGCGGUUACGUUCAAUGGGAGAGACCCACCGGCUGACAUGAUAACAUCACUGCCCAUCCCAAGCCUCAAAACUAUCAAUUUUCACGAUAUUAAGCGAUAUAGAACUGACUUAGACGACAGACAACAGAUCGAUUUAUCCAAAACUAACGUCUACACCUGCUUUGACCACAUAAAAUCCGAAUUUAUUUACUUGUAUGCGUUAUUGGACAGCACAGCCGUUCCGCCAGAACUGCGCAUUUACCUCCCUUUGAUGCUCGAAUCCUUGUUCGAAUCCCCGAUCAGGAAAAACGGGAAACUGAUCCCAUACGAAGAAGUUAUCGAACAGUUGAACAACGACACUGUUUCCUUCAGUUCAAGCAUCGGCUUGGGCUCAAAAUCCCUCUUCAAAUGCGGCCCCUACUCACACACAAUUUCCGUGAUGUUGCAAGUUGAGGUCGCAAAAUACGAAAAGGGGAUCGAAUGGUUGCGCGAUAUUUUAUACAACACUGUUUUUUCAGUCGACCGUUUGAAAAUAAUCGCGGCGAAAAUGAACAAUGCCGUAGCACAGGCCAAAAGAUCAGGCCGGGAUGUCGUAGCUUACGCUAUGCGAGGAUUACGAUUUGUUGAAAACAGUAAUAUUUACAAUAGUGGGGUUCUUUUGCAAAAUAAAUUUUUAACGGAGACUAGUGAAACUCUAGCCAGUGAAAAAUCGGUCGAUUUGUUGGUCACGUGCGAGAAAAUCUGGCAGAUUCUCGUCGAUCCCAAAAAUGUAGUGUUGCAUUUGAUCGGAAAUUUGGACACAAUUCCUGAUGCCACAGAGCCGUUGAGCAAAUUUUUGCCGCCGAAUGUCAGCCCAGUCCAAGAAAAACUCCAUGUCACGCCUGAUCUAAAAUUGAUAAAACCGUCUCACGAGCAGACUUUAACUGGUUGUGUUAUCGGCUUGGGUUGUCUGGAAUCUUCCUUCUUCCAUCAAACUGUUGACAGUAUUUCUUCGUACGAAGACCCGGACUUGCCUGCUUUGAUGCUCUACUUACAGUAUUUGAUACAAGCCGAGGGCCCAAUGUGGAGGCAAAUAAGGGGCAAAGGGUACGCCUAUGGCUACACUAUGAUGGUUAAGCCCCACGAGGGCCUCCUUUAUUUGGUGUUUUCGCGCGCCACCAACGUAGUCGGUGCUUAUAUGGAAGCUAAGGAAAUAAUUUUAAAUCAGAUAAAUAACCAAGAGUGGGAUACUAAUUUGAUCGACUCUGCGAGGAGUUCUCUCAUUUUCGAACUGAUCGAAAAAGAGAAGACUAUAGGGAGUGUGAUUGGAUUAUCGGUCAUUUCCUAUUUCCAGCAAGUUGAUUUUACGUAUAAUAGAACUCUGCUCAAUCUGAUCCACAACGUAACGGUGGAGGAAUUGAAUAAUGUGGGUAAAAAAUAUUUGUUAGCAUUGUUUGACUCUAAAAGAACUAAGACUGCGAUUGUUUCGGUUCCUGCAAAAGCUGAGCAGAUUAAGGAGGCCUUUAGAAGUGUAAAUAUUGAUUUAACCGUGUAUCCAUCUUUGGAGGAGAGUUUCUUGAAAUAAUUAUACAACGAUGUGGAUAACACUUAAAUUAUGAAUGUCCAUACUCACCUUUGGAUGUGUUUAUUUAUUAAAUACAUUUAUCGUAAAACAA